UUGACCUCAGCAAUUCUCCGAAAGAGCCCUAGAAACCGAUUUCUGCCAUUGAAUACAUUUUCUGGGGGAAAAUGGCUUCUCGAUGUCGAUCUUUCUCCAAACCCGCGGCUUCUCUGUUUAAAUCUGCUAUGAACAAACCUUCAAUCGGGUCCAAAUCGGCUUCUCCACUUUUCGGCAUCCGUUCUUCGGUUGGAUCUACGAGGCCGAUGGCUCGUCUGGGCUCGCUUCAGUCUUUGCUUCCAUUGCACAGUGUGGUUUCUUCAGCUCGGCUGACUUCGUGCCUCGGUAUCGAUUCGAACUGUUCGAGGUCUUUGUCUCAGGGCGUGGUCUGCUGUGCAAAUCCAGGAGUUUGAUGAUCUCCAAAUGUUGUGUUUAGUAUCUAGUUUUUCAGCCCUCGGGAUUUCUACUGCUAAAGGAGGCUCUUACCCGGUAUGACUCUGGCAGGAAUCCGAUCACUCGAACUCGAUAUAUAAUGCCCUGUGGUGAACUUUUCCCACAGACCUAGAUUCUUCCAUCCGUUAACACAACUCCCUCGUGGUUUAGGAAAUUGUUCUACAAGAACCCUUUUUAUUGUUUCUUUGGACUAAGCAUGUCAUGUUUUUGGCUGAUAGAAGAAAAGGGUGACUUUAGUAGUUUUCAGACAACAAUGCAUUGAUAUUGGUACGUCGUGAAUGUGUUCCAUGUCUGAUUACCGUUCUUGUCCUCGUUCAUGUAAUGUACCCUUUUUCUGUAAAGUAAUUGGUCAAAACAAGCAUAUAUGCUUAUCCAUGUGGGUAAUGUAUCGCUGUGUUUCAA